UUCAUCCACGGCUGGCUGAUCAUGUCCUCCCUGAUGCUGCUGUUCCUUUUCACCUACAUCUACCUUGGGGAAGUGCUCAAGACCUACAAUGUGGCCAUGGACUACCCCACCCUGUUCCUGACCGUCUGGAACUUCGGGGCAGUGGGCAUGGUGUGCAUCCACUGGAAGGGCCCCUUGGUGCUGCAGCAGGCCUAUCUCAUCAUGAUCAGCGCACUCAUGGCCUUGGUGUUCAUCAAGUACCUCCCAGAGUGGUCUGCGUGGGUCAUCCUGGGCGCCAUCUCUGUGUAUGAUCUCGUGGCUGUGCUGUGCCCCAAAGGGCCGCUGAGAAUGCUGGUAGAAACUGCCCAGGAGAGAAACGAGCCCAUAUUUCCUGCCCUGAUAUAUUCAUCCGCCAUGGUGUGGACAGUGGGCAUGGCCAAGUUGGACCCCUCCUCUCAGGGAGCCCUUCAGCUCCCCUACGACCCAGAGAUGGAAGAGGACUCCUGUGACAGUUUGGGGGAGCCCUCGUACCCUGAAGUCUUUGCGCCCCCCCUGCCUGGCUACCCAGGGGAGGAACUGGAAGAGGAGGAGGAAAGUAAGGUGUCCCGACGGUCUGCGUGGGCCCCGGGUGGGGCCCCCUGA